AAAACAAAACAGAAGGGAAAGUGUCCGUCACACUUUUUUCAAUAUGCUUCCUGAAUAUUACCCUCAAGUUUUUCUUGCAAUUUUGGAGUGGGUCCGAACGCUGAAAUUCUUGCACCAAUUUUCUCCUUUCCCGUGCUAUAUAUUUGCUUGUUCUUAGGGUGCUACACACCCAAAUCAGCCCUCUCUCUGGACAACAUACACAGUUGCUUAUUUGUAAACUAAUCUUUUUCCUUCAAAAUAUAAUCACCAGAACGCUUAGCUAAACAAAGUUCCUUCAACCAUAGUGCAUGGGGCUUUUGCAACUGAGUGCAGCUUCAUCUUCAUCUUUUUCCAUCCACGCUUUUAUUCUUCUUUGGUGCCUGGGCAUAUUUGUCACCUCAGUGGUCAGCGGGAAUAAUGAGACGGACCGUUUGGCAUUGCUUGAGUUCAAAGCCAAGAUAAUCCAUGAUCCUCUUAGGGUUAUGAGCUCUUGGAAUGACAGCAUCCACUUUUGUCAAUGGCAAGGGGUUACAUGUGGCCGCCGACACCAAAGGGUCACCGUAUUGAACUUGCAAUCUCUAGAAUUGGUAGGCUCUAUAUCUCCAUAUGUUGGGAAUUUUAGUUUUUUAAGGAAUCUAAGCCUACAAAACAACAAAUUUCGUAAAGAAAUCCCUCCAGAAAUUGGUCAUUUGACUAGAUUGCUAGUCUUAGAACUGUACAAUAACACAAUACAGGGGGAAAUUCCAAGCAAUUUAUCUGGUUGCAACAACCUUGUCGCCCUUCGUGUUGGUUAUAACCAAUUGGUAGGAGAAAUUCCUACCACGCUUACCUCCUUGGCAAAGCUCCAAUUUUUUUCUAUUCAUAUGAAUAAUCUUACAGGAACUGUCUCACCUUUUUUUGGGAACUUAUCAUUUUUAAAAGGAUUUUCUGCAACUUAUAAUAAUUUGGGUGGGAGUAUCCCUAAUUCUUUUGGUCAAUUGACGAAACUUUCAUUUUUUAGUGUGCAGUAUAAUAGGUUUUCUGGAACCAUUCCUCGCUCAAUGUACAAUCUCUCUUCUUUAUUGACUUUUUCUGUAGCUGGAAAUCAAAUCCAGGGGUCUCUUCCAUUCGACAUUGGUAUCACUCUACCAAAUAUCGAAGUAUUUAUCUUUGCUGACAACCAAUUUACUGGAUCUAUCCCUAUUUCAAUAUCUAAUGCCACAAAUCUAGAUACAUUUGAAAUGGGUAUUAAUAAACUAAGUGGAAAAGUUCCUUCUUUGGAGAAGCUAAAUAGAUUGACAUUUUUAAGCCUUUUCCUCAACCAUCUUGGAAGUGGGGAAACAGAUGACUUGAGUUUUCUCUGUUCUUUGACAAAUACUACUUAUCUCACCUUUUUGGAUAUAAAUGGCAACAACUUUGGGGGAAAGUUGCCUAGAUGCAUUGGCAACUUCUCAACUACUCUUUUUGCUUUUUAUCUAGAUAAUAAUAAAAUAUCAGAAAACAUUCCUGCUGAGAUAGGAAAUCUGAUCAACUUGGAGGAUUUGCGGGCUUGGAACAAUAAAUUAUCAGGUAAUAUUCCUUUUGAAAUUGGAAUUCUUCAUAAGUUACAAUAUUUAGAUUUAUCCCAAAACAAAUUUUCUGGAAACAUUCCAUCCUCCCUUGGAAAUUUAACAGCUUUGACAAUUUUGAAAUUAGGAAAUAAUAACCUUCAAGGCAGCAUCCCUCUAAGUCUAGGUCAGUGCCAAAAUUUGCUAAGAUUGUAUCUUAAUAAUAACAAUCUUAGUGGUACCAUAGCCUCAGAAGUUAUUGCUCUCUCAUUCUCCCUAAUUACUUUAGACUUGAUAGCCAACCAAUUGACAGGUGUCCUUCCCAUAGAAGUAGGAAAUUUAAAAAAUUUAGAACAAUUAGACAUUUCUGAAAACAUGAUGUUUGGUACAAUCCCAACAACUCUUGGAAGUUGUGUGAAGCUAGAAUUUCUAGCCAUGAGAAGAAACUUCUUCCAAGGAGUCAUUCCUUCAUCUUUGGAAUCAUUGAAAGGUAUUGGAGUUCUAGAUCUAUCGAACAAUAAUUUGUCUGGUAGUAUUCCAAAAUUUUUGGAGUUUUGGGAUUUGCAAAUAUUGAAUCUCUCUUACAACAAAUUUGAGGGUGAGGUACCAAUAGAGGGAGUUUUCAAAAACAUGAGUGCAACUUUGCUUAAGGCAAAUGAUAAACUCUGUGGAGGCAUACCUGAGUUUCAACUUCCUAAAUGCAAAUACUUAAAUUCCAAGAAGAGGAAGAUGGCCCAGACCUUGAAGAUAAUAAUCUCUACAGCUUCUGGGCUUUUUGGAGUAACUUUGAUUUUGUUGCUUCUAUUUCUUUAUUCUUUACUAAAGAAAAGGAAUGGAAGUACCUCAAGUGAUUCAAAUUUGAAUGUAUCUUACCAAAGUCUCCUAAAUGCAACCAAUGGAUUCUCUUCUACUAAUUUAAUUGGUGUGGGUAGCUUUGGGUCCGUUUAUAAAGGAAUUCUUGUUCAAGGUAGACAUACGGUUGCCAUCAAGGUGCUCAACCUUUUGCGUCAUGGAGCUUCCAAAAGUUUUGUGGCCGAGUGUGAAAUUCUAAGAAACAUCAGACAUCGAAAUCUUGUAAAGGUGCUCACAAUAUGUUCCAGUAUUGAUUAUCAAGGUCGUGAUUUUAAAGCUUUGGUAUAUGAGUUCUUGGGAAAUGGCAACCUAGAUGAGUGGUUACAUCCAACUCCAAGAACAAAUGAGGCUGUUGAGGAACCAAGGAAGUUGAGUCUUCUCCAAAGACUGAAUAUUGCCAUUGAUGUUGCUAGUGCAUUGGAUUAUCUUCAUCAUCAUUGCCAGACGCCAAUUGUUCAUUGUGACCUCAAGCCAAGCAAUAUUCUUCUCGAUGAUGAAAUGGUUGGACAUGUAGGCGACUUUGGCUUGGCAAAAUUCCUUCAUGAUGCUACCCAGGAUUGUUCUACUGAUCAAUCAAGUUCCAUUGGGGUUAGAGGAACAAUUGGUUAUACUCCUCCAGAGUAUGGUAUGGGAAACGAAGUUUCAAUAUAUGGUGAUGUCUAUAGUUAUGGCAUAUUAUUGUUAGAGAUGUUCACAGGAAAAAGGCCAACUGAUAGCAUUUACCAAGAUAACUUAAACCUUCAUGACUUUGUUAAACAAGCUUUGCCCGAACAUAUCAUUGACAUUGUAGAUCCUUUUCUUCUUUGGGAAAGAGAAAAGGAAGAGACAAGGAAUGACACCCGAAAUGAGGAUCCAAAUGGAAGUUUCAACAUUCAAGAAUGCUUGAUUUCGAUACUUGGAAUUGGAGUUGCUUGUUCCACACAAUAUCCAAGAGAAAGAAUGAAUAUCAAUGUUGUUGUAGUUGAGCUGCAUAAAAUUCGACAAAACAUUCUUUAAACUAGCAUACGCAACGCAACGACUUCAAGCUACAGCGGAGAUGCACAGGUGCACAUGGCUGAUGACUUAUCAUGGAGGUUGCCAUCAUUGUUUGCCAAGUUUAUGAUUUGUAACAUUGGAUUUGGAGCAAAUAAUUUGUAGCACCCUAGUUUUUUAAUUCAGCACUUUUUUUUUUUCUUGUAUCAAGUUAGUAUCCCCAGUAAUAUAUUGUAAGUCAUUCUCAGUCUCCACAACUAACUGGGUCUGUUGCUGAUUUUUUUUUUUUUUUUUUUUUUUUUGAGAAUCAACUGAGUCUGUUGGUGAUGAAUGUUAUAAAUUGUACAUGAUGUUAUAGUUUAUAUAUAAGUUAUAUAAUAAAGUUUCUCCCUGUUGCCCAUAA